AUGCCCGACCAGUUUGAGAUUGAUGCCGUUGAGCGCCGACGGCGGCAGAACAGGCUGGCACAGCGAAAAAGACGUGAGGCAGAAGCAAAUACACUCUCCACAUCUCGAGAGACCUGGGGUGCUGACACGUCAGUAGGUGACACAGUCAAAACGCAGUUGCAGGAGCUGGAGGCGGACAACAUGGAGCUCCGGGCGUUCAAGGAAAACAUUGUUCGAGCCACGCAGACUAGGUCCGCCGUAUGGGACCCGGUUGAUCUCCUUACAGCAACCGGACGGUCUCACGACUACUAUGGCCAGAACACCGGCAUGCUGUCAGAUGCGAGUUCGUAUUUCUCAUGCGGCGAUAACCAAUACCUUGCCGAUAUGAAGGCUGCGGAGCGAUUUGUGAGCGGCUUUGGCAUUUUGGAGAUGGAGAUGCCACAUGCAGACCACGUUCAGAUGCUAUCCCCAAUGAGCCCUCCAAGCUACAGCAAGACACCGCACAGCAUAGGGAAUUCAGAGCACUUGGGCAAAGACGCAGAGAGCCCUACGCAAUGGGGGAGCGGAGUCGAGUCGCUCAACAUGCCUCGAGAAUCGGCAAGUUCCAAAGAGGGCAGCAACAACAGCAGCAGCAACAAUCAUAAUAAAAACAACAAUAACAACAACGACAAGAACAGCAGCAAAAACAGCAAAAACAAUAAAACCAAGGAUAAAAACAACAACAACAACAACAACAACCAGAACAACAACAACAUUCCCAAUCCCAGCGCUAUCAAAGCAAAUUCUAGCGAUGGACGACACGAAGCACUGCGCAUUGCUGUCGCCAACGGCCAUGUCUCCAUGGUCCGCCUGCUAAUCGAACACGGAGCCGACAUCAACGCCCCCGUAGGUGAACUCGGCCGGACGUCCUUACACGAUGCCGUAGCAGAAAACGACGCCAAGAUGGUUGAGCUACUGCUUGAUAAUGGAGCCGAUGUUAGCGCUGUGGAUGGGUCAGGUAUGACAGCCCUGCAGAUUGCAGCUUCUCUCGGCCAUGUGGAUGCUGCGGGCGUACUGCUACAGCAAAAGGGGGCGAAAAAGUGA